AUGGGCGCCUUAAAACUACCCUACCCACUACAGUUGACCGGCAACGUCAGAAGGAACUGGGAACUCUUCAACAAAAGACUGGACCUAUUCCUGACGACUACCUCGACAGACCAUCCCAAGACAGAAGCGGUCAAGGCGGCCAUCCUCCUGAGCGCCGCGGGUGACGAAGCGCUUGAGGUCUAUAACAACUUCACAUUCGCCGAAAGUGAGCUCAAGGAUGACUACGAGACACUACGCAUCUCGAAAGUGAACGCGUUGCGCCAGAGCGCAGCAGUGCUGACUGCCUACAACUGCUUUACCUACAACGGUUCCGAGAUCAAGCAUCUCGGUGUUGCCACUAAAGCACUAGAGAUGAACGGUACAACGAGAGAUACUGCCUUCUUUAUCGUCAAGAAAGGACGCCAAGCAAUCAUUGGCCUGAGCACAUGCAUCGAGUUCGGCAUUGUCCCAGCAAAUAUCGACUCAGUCAAGCGAAGUGGUGAAGCAGGGAUAGAAACAGAAUUUGCGCAUCUGUUUCGCGGAACGGGCUGCGUGCAAAGAAAGUACAAGAUGGUUUUGCGACCAGACGCGGUUCCAGUCGUACAACCUGCUCGGAAAGUACCUUUGACACUGAAGCAACCAUUGCGUGACGAGCUGGCACGCAUGGAGAAAGCGUCCAUCAUCGUAAAAGUUGAAGAACCCACCGAAUGGUUCGUUACUGGAAAGGAUCUGCUCCUGGCUGACAUGCUCUCCCGUGCGUCCACCCUUUCACCAAACCCGGAAGCAACGGAGGACAUCGAGGUUCAUGCAGUUCGUGUCGUCUCGUGCAUGGGACGACGCCUACGCACAAACGUUCCGGAAUACAGCACUGAGCUGGGUUGCCCAAUACACCAGCAUCAACAGCCGGCCAAGGGCAAAACGUUGCACCCUUUGCAGCAAGGAGACACGGUGCGAAUACUGGACGACAACUGGUCACAUAAGGCAAGAGUGCUUCAAGAAGUGGCUCCCCGGUCCCAUAUCGUGGAGACAGAGGAUGGAAGGCUUCUAAGGCGUAACAGACAACACUUGCUUCAAAUGCAGGAAAAAUACCGCAGGAUAGACGAAGAUGACGACAACAGCAACGCUGAAAAUGGUAGCCUACAAAAUGAAAGACGGGAGCUUCCAGAACAAGGCCAAAGUGCACCCGGGUUCAUUGGUCAUCCGCAAGCCAACAGACAGGUCGUCCCCAAAGUGGGGGCGUCGGAAGCAGAGCCCCGCAGGUCGACCCGUCAGCGCAACAAGCCCCAACGGCUGCAAUACGAAGCUAAUUUUUGUCAAGUCUCCUAG